AUGGAAGCCAAGUUUGACGAACUCCCAGAAACAGUCGCUACGACUGCGGACAUUUUUGCCACAACGGGUUUCAGCAGCCCCAACAUUACUUCGGUCCAGUUUUUGUCGGCGCCUAUUGGGACACCAAACAACCCGCAAACACCAAAUUCUCUUCUCUGCAAUGUCUGCAAAAAAUCAUUCUCUUCAGAGGCUACUUUGUCAUCGCACCAAAAGACCGCCCGGCAUCUCACAGCCUUGAAGGAGCUUCAGCGAAAGAAAGAGCGGGGCGGGAGGAGCAAGCAGCCUCCUGUGGCAGCUGCCGCUUUCGAGGCCACAGCAAAGGUGAGACAGGCAGAUAAACUCGCCGUGGCGAAUCCUGGCUUGGCUGCAACUAUAUAUUGGAGUGCGGCAAAUGUUCUAUGGAGCCACAAAUGUGUUCGAGACACUGCCCAAUGUCUUUCCAAACUCAUCUCGGUUCUCUGUGAUCUGAAAGCAGCGUCUCCGACCAUUACACCAGAAAAGAACGCUUCCGUAGUCUUGAAAGCAUCGCAAAUUGCCGAAACCUUGUAUCUUACACGGAUCGCUCUGGCAAGAUUGCUAACGAUCUACGAUUGUGACAUGGCCCUUGCACUUUAUAUCGACGCAAUUGAGGGCAAAUACAGCGUGGAUGCGACGACCAUGGUGUUGGCGUGUGAGCACCAGUCAUUUGGCGAAGUGGUUACAUUUUGCGAAGAAAUAUUUCGAAAACACAUUAUGCCCACAACCCCAAAAUCCACUCAAUCGCGGAAUGCUGCCAGUGACCAACAAACAACGAACUCAAAAAAGUCGGUUGCUUUGCGAAAGAUACAAUCGACUUUUCUCGAAAUCUUUUGUUUUGCUAAGAACAUCGAAGCACCUUUGGAAGCCCUAUUUUUUGGGGGGCUAACCUUGGCGGUAGCGAAGGAUGAGCUAAAAUGGAAUGAUUACGCCGAUGUAUGUGUUCGCAUCGCAGAUAUUUAUUUAUCCUUAGACCGACAAUGGUCGACAUGCGAUUGUCUUGAAGUCGGAGCGAAGGCACUGUGUCAGGGAAGCGAUAUUUCUUUUACUCAAAUUAAUGAGAAUGACCAUACCGACAUAGCAACAGAAGAUCAACUGUCACCUUGGAAUCUCCUCAGUGAGGCUUUGAUGCUCUCAAUUCAAAUAGAUGAUCGAGUUCGGGUUUUCCGCCUCGAAGAGUCAUUACGAAUGGCUCUGGAAGACAAAGGGCAGCUUCCGAAUUGCUGGCAACGAUUUUCAGAUAUAAACUUCCUUCUACGAUUUGCGAAAGCAUCUCGUACGUUAGAUCACAGUUGGAGCCAGGAGGAGGAAGCAGGGUAUGACAGCCAAGUGAUGACAUCCGGCCCCACUUUAUUACCUGAAGCCAGCCGACAUAAAGUGGUCGCGCUGUGGCGGUCAUGGAGAAAUUCGCUGUAG